CACGCUUAUGCUUGCGAUGGUUGGCUAAUAAAUUGUAGCAUGUUUGACACAAGUGUAUUCCAGGCAUUAGAUUGUCGCAUUUCCUUAACUAGGUAAAACAAAUAAAAUACACAGCAGGAUGUUUACAAAAGCGUUUCGCGUGAAGUCCAAUACCGUUAUCAAAGGAUCCGACAGGAGGAAGCUGAGGGCGGACGUCUCCGCCGCGUUUCCGUCCCUGUCUGCCGAGCAGCUCAAUGAGCUCAUACCCAACAAAGAAGAACUGAACGUUGUAAAAAUCUACACACACAAAGGAGAUGCUGUCACUCUGUAUGUGCUCCACAGGAACCCAGUGUUCUUCCAGCUGGAGAAACAGCUGUACCCUACAGUGUACACACUUUGGCGGUAUCCUGAUCUGUUACCCACCUUCACAACAUGGCCUCCAGUGGUACAGAAACUAACUGGUGGGGCAGACCUGAUGCUUCCAGGAGUAGUGGUGUCUUCUGCAGGGCUACCAGAUGUAAAUCAAGGGGACUGCUGUGCGGUCAAUGUUGUGUCAAACAGAGCUCCUGUUGCUGUGGGAACUGCAGCCAUGUCGAGCAGAGAGAUGAGGACUGGCGGGAUGAAGGGAAAAGGAGUAAAUGUGUUACACACGUACAUGGACCAGCUGUGGGCUUUUGGGGAUAAAUCCGCUCCUCCUGUUAUCCCUGUCACUGAUCCUUCGGUCCAGGCCGAGGCAGACAUGGACAGAGAGGAAAGCGGUGAAGAGGGAACAGAAGAUUUGGCUCAGGAGAGAGAAGGACAGAAUGACUGCGGGACGGCUGCGGUGGAAUCGUCUUGUCAAAACAUCCAGAAUCUUAGCCUCCGAGAGGAAGAGAAAGAAGAGGACACAGAGGAUGUGCAGGGAGAAGAAGAGGAUUCAAGGUCUCCACAAGAACAGAUGGACUCUCUGCUGUUGCAGUGCUUCCUCCAUGCUCUCAAGAGUAAAGUGAAGAAGUCAGAGCUCCCUCUGCUGACCGGCACCUUUCUGCGCAAGCACAUGGCGUCAUGCUGUCCUAAAGGAAAAAACCUUGACAUAAAAAAAUCCAGCUAUAAAAAGCUCUCGAAGUUCCUGCAGUCGAUGCAGAAGGAACACAAUCUUGUUCGAGUUAAGGAGUUGAGUAAAGGAGUGGACAGCAUCGUAGAGGUCGACUGGAAGAACCCUAAGUUGUCUUCUUUCUGCGUGCCGUUGGACUGGGAGCCCCCAGAGGAGUGCAGUGAGGAUCGAGAGAACUGCGAGGAGGUCUAUAAACCCCCUGAAAUCACUCUGCUGUAUGGGGUCACCGCACGUCUGGAGCCUCUGUUCCAAGAUGUGCAGAAAAAAAAGGGUGCAGUGUUGCAGGCUCAUGAGGUGAGGAGCUUCAUCACCGAUUAUGUGAAAAAAAACGAGCUCGUCCAUGACACGAAUAAAAGUUAUGUGAAUAUCAGCCCUGUGCUGUGUGACUGCUUACUGGACAAAUCGGAGUAUCAGGAGGUCGAGGUGUUAAAAUGGGACGAUCUUUUCAGCCGGACUCUGAGCAGGAUGCAGUCGUGCCAUCAGAUGCAGUUUCCAGGCCAGGCUCCUGUGGUCCGGAAAGGGCAGGUGGAGCCCAUCGAUAUCACUGUAGCCUCCAGAGGCUCAAACAAGAAGGUGACGAUAAUAAAGAACUUGGAGGUGUUCGGGAUCGAGCCGGCGGUGGUAGCAGACGCCUUGCAGCGUCUAGUCCAGGCCAGUUCCGUCCUCCACGAUGUCCCCGGUGCCAAAGAGCGGCAGCUGGUGCAGAUCCAAGGCAACCAGGUGCAUCACGUCGGCAAACUACUGCUAGAGCAAUAUCAGAUCCCUCGCAAAUACAUCCAGGGUUUGGAUAAAGCUCUGAAAGCAGGCAAGAAGAAAUAACAGGCGUCCCACACUAGUCUGUACAUUGCUGUAACAUGAACAUAAACUACUGGCUUGGAAUUCAUCAGUUGUGUCCUAGGACUACUCCACUGGCAUACCUUCAAUCAUGGAAUAAAACAUUAGUACAAAACCCA